UUGCAUUUAGUCGAAAGAGCUGCAGAGCAAUUUUACAUGAAUAUUCUUACGAAAAGUAGUCAUUCAUUUAUUCUUUUACUGCUUAUGUGUUCCCGAUAAAAUAAUGGCAUAAUGGCUGCCGUAACACGACUUUGCAACGAAUCGUUUAGGUUGAGUCGUGUGGACCUAUUGUUAUAGCUAGAUUCGUGUGGACAUCAUCGCCACCGUGGAAGAUAACGGCAGCUCGUGGCACCAGGCCUACACAAAGUCGGGCUCCAGCCCCCUUCCAGCACCACCCGAACACUUGUGCAAGGCCUGCGGAGGCCAGCUUGACACAGUAAGAAGACAUGUCUGCAUGGACUGCAAGAACAACUUCUGCUGCCACUGCACGACACAGAUGGAUCUCAGGCCACGGAUGUGCCACACCUGUCAGCGGCUCCAUUGCACCAUUUUUGAACGGGCUGAGUUGAUGCGACUGAAGGUGAAGGACCUCCGUGACUAUCUCCACUUGCAUGAGAUCCCUACGCAGACAUGCAGAGAAAAGGAGGAGCUGGUGGAGCUGGUGCUGGCUCAACAGACUCCCAGGGGCAGCGGCGGUGCCGAUUCUGGUUUUCAGCCAGCUGCACCUCCCAUGUCUUCUCAUCCACUUGCAGAAUCUGAGCCCCUAACAGAGGAAUCUGAGGAUGAGGAGGAGGAGGAUGAAGAAGAAGAAGAAGAAGAGGGCGAGGAACAGGAUGAAGAGGGUGAGGAACAGGAUGAAGAGGGUGAGGAACAGGAUGAAGUGGGCGAGGAACAGGAUGAAGAGGGCGAGGAACAGGAUGAAGAGGGUGAGGAACAGGAUGAAGAUGAUGAGGAAGAGUCCACAGACAGUGAGGAGGCCCAUGUACACAGCAGAAGGGCCUCCCUGUCUGACCUGAGCAGCCUGGAAGACAUUGAAGGCCUCAGUGUGCGGCAGCUAAAGGAGAUUCUAGGACGCAACUUUGUGAACUACCAGGGCUGCUGUGAGAAAUGGGAACUGAUGGAGAAGGUCACUCACCUCUUUAAUGAUCAGAAAGACCUUCACAACUUGGUUUCGAACACAAAAAAAGAAGAAGAUGACCCUGCUGAGCCCAGCGGCCAGGAGGAGAUCCUUUGCAAGAUCUGCAUGGACUCCCCCAUUGACUGCGUGUUGCUGGAGUGUGGCCACAUGGUCACAUGCAGCAAGUGUGGGAAACGCAUGAAUGAGUGCCCCAUCUGCCGACAGUACGUUGUUCGAGCCGUGCACGUCUUCAGAUCGUGAAAUCCGGGUACAAAAAGACUCCCACAGGUUGUUGCUUUAAUUUAUGUACGUUCUCAUAACAUAUAUCUUGUCAUAUCUCUGUCUAUCUUUACUCACAUUCUUGGAUAAUGUUCUUAUUUGCAGCAUUGUUUAUGUUUACAUUAUUUAAUGCUCAUGUUUGUUUAGUCAUAACUGUGUUUGGUGCAGCAACAAUGUUGUGAAUCAGUGUUAUGUUAUGUUUUCAGUUCAUUUGUUGACCUUUGCCCAAUAGCGGCUGAUAUGUUGCACUUUGAAUAUUAUUACUGAGGCUUUGUCGCUUCUCAACAUUGGUUACUUUAUAUUCAUCCUUGAACAUUUUCAUUUUUCAGUAUAAAAACUCUUAAGAGGAGCAAACAAGCUGUAAAGAAAGUUGUAUGAAAUCUCUUUUUCGUGUUCUUUAAAGAUAAGAGCGGUUAAGACAACUUUCAGAUAAUCAAAUGACAGACCAAUCAUCUUUUUUUCUUUAAACAAUUUUUACUUGGCUUAUGAGCCUCAAAAAGUGAAAUGUUCUAAUAUAUUCAUAAUACUCAAAGGUGCGGAGUACGCUAGGAUUUAGAAUUUCUGAGAUUUGAAAACAGGGCAGGAUGGUUCACUUUAUAUUUUUUUCUUUGGAGCUCUAUUUCUCAUGUUGUUUCUGUGCAUCUGUACAAUAGUUCGCUUUGCUCUUAACUGCUUUUAAAUCACUGCUAUAAUGUGACAGUUUAAGGAGCAAUUCCACUUGUUUACGUGUAUGUUGCACUCUGUAUUUGAACUAAUUUCCAGUGAGUAGGUGCUAUUUUCCAGUCUCUGUGCACUUUUAGAUCACAGAUUAUCCCCCUCUUUUUGUCAUGCUCUUGAGAUCAUAACUUGAGAAUAUUGGGCAGAACCAGUUUUUCAAAACUACCAAGCUUGACAUCUGCUUCAGUACAUUCUUUCAAUUAUUGCACAAGAGACUAGUUCUCCACCACUAGUAAUACUAACAGAUCAGUGUUAUUCACAAGAUGCUCAUUACUGCCUACAGUUACUGUUGUAUGAUAAAGUGUGUUAAUGUAAUAAAACUUUCUCAAUUACUACAUCAUUUUUAACUUUAAGACUCGCAAUUUUAAAGGUGCAAGAUUUUAAUUAUUCAUAAAGUAUUAUUACCUUUGCUUCUUAAAAGAUUCUGAAUGUAUCAUUUAAAUUGUGGUUAUAUGGGAAUGCCUGAUAACUGAGAGAACUGAUGCAUAUUGUUGUUUCCUUGCUUUCUUGAGCUGAAUGUAGAGGACACUGAGAUCUUAUUAAACCAUCUAGACAUUCUCAGAAACACAAAGAAAAGAAAGAUCCUUGAAAAGUUAUACAGUCAGUGUUUGGGCAAUUCAUCUGGCUAAAACAUGAAAUCUUUUUAAAUAUCUUACUCAUUGUUGGAGUCUUUUGCCAGUAUAUGCAAGCUGUAUAUAUUCUAUAUUUUGAUAGCUUUGUGUUUGCUAGUACUUUUGUUGGGUAUUUGCAUAUUUAUCAAAUAUAAAAGUGUUCAAUCAAUGAAAGUCGGAAACCUUAAACAUCUUAACACACUUUCAAAUUUUCAUUGUUUUACUGUUUAUUGCAAAUGUUUAGUCAGUCCAAACCCAGCAUGGCCAUGUAUUUACAUAAAUGCCUCACUUUAUUCCUCAACGUGGCCACAGUGUAUUAAAAAGUUAUAAUGAACAGAUAAGUAUUAAGAAAGUUUGUGAGCAUUGAGUGUGAAUUGCAGCUCCAAAGACAGACUAUUGUAUCUUAUUACUGUCAAAUGCCCACCCAAAAUCUGUGCUGUGCCUGGAGCUUUUAAUCUGUGCAUUAACAUCUCUAACAAAACAAAUAAAAAACACACUAAUAAAUGCUCAGUUCAUGAAGCUGAUAUUAAGUGUAUGCCUUUUGCCACAAUCCGUGUCAUUUAUUUUACCUUUAUAAAAAAAGGAGCCCAUAUAUCUGUGUGUAUGUGCCAAGUGGAGUUUCGCACCCUUGAAAUAUUAGUAGGUUGUAUUGCGGUCUGAAGAUUUAAAUAUUUACAUCAAUUUUGUGACAAUAAAUAUUAUCUGAAGGUCAAACUUAAAAGUGGUUGCUGAAACAAUGUGAAGUGUAGCAUUUAUAUGAUUAUUUAGAAGCUAAAGUAUUAUGAGUCUUUGCAAAUAUAGCUACAGGACAUUGAAUGCAGCACUGAGAAAUUGUUCCAAAAAUAAAAUAAAAUAAUAAAACAGUUUAGGCAAGUAUAACAUAUUGGAUGUGUAUCUAGACACAUUUUUUAAUGAAAAAAUAAGCUAAUGAGAAAAAGAAUAUGAGCUGUGCAUGUAUUGCUAAAAAAAUAUAUGAAUUACUAUUGAAAGGUGCUUAGAAAUGCUUGAAUUAUAAUUUUUUUAUGUUGAGAGGAGACACUGGAUUUGUGUAUCAUUUUUAAAUGUUUUUGUUAUCAGAUUCUCUGAGACUGUGAGUUCUUUUGAAAUGAACAAUAAUCCAAAUCAACUGAUUUCUUUCCGGAAACUUAGUUUCCGGAUGUGGUAAACAUUAUCAUAUAACUAGCAUGUCAAAUUGCCAAUAUUGUCUUUAAUAUGCAGUGAGCCUGAUAUGCUAAAUGCUGUAUUCAUGUAAAAGACUACAUUGGAAGCUGUUUAUAAUUAUGGAAAAAAUAUAUAUAUUUUUAAAAUUUUGUUACUAUAUACUGUUGUUCUUGUGCAUAUAUUUGUUUUGUUUUUGUAUCAAUAAACAAACUUACGACA